AUGACACAAGCACCGCCACGCUGUCUUCGCAGUCAAGUUCACUCGAAACUAGCUGGCGUCGGCAACAUCCGUCGUUGCCUGCAUAUGUCUGUACCCAUCGAGUUGACUCGCGUUUCCCACCCGUCCUCUCGCUUCUUGGUAGAAGAACACGCACGACCACACUCUCCUCCGGGGCGCUCAGACCGCUUCUCGUUAGGCCCUACUCACGACGAAGUCUCACUCGAUGAAAUCAGGCCGGAAUGGCGGCGCAACUUGUUUGCCCUGGUCGAACAGCCCAAAUCCUCGGACUCUGCAUUCUUGGUGCAUGCCCUGAUGACUAUUCUAAUCUUGGUCUCCGCUGUCAUCACCAUACUCGAAACCGUUCCGGCAUUCCACUCCAUUAAAACCAGCGUCUGGUUCGGCCUGGAAACAAGUUUGGUGGCACUCUUUACAAUAGAGUACAUCACCCGUUGCAUUGCCUGGAGCAGCACUUGGAUGGACCUGCUUCGAUGGAUAGUUUCCUUUUUUGGAAUCAUAGACCUGUUAUCUGUGGCUCCUUAUUAUCUCGAGCUCAUCUUGCUACACGAUACAUCUGUAUAUUUCAGAUUCUCGAUCCUGCGGAUGUUUAGGCUCUUGAGGGUUUUUAGGCCCUACCGUUCGAAUCACACUGUUCUACUAACGAUAGAGGUGAUAUACAUUGCCGUGCGACAAUCUCAGCACGCGCUUUUCGCUGUCGGGUUCUUUGUUGUCAUGGCCCUAACCGUGUUCAGUACACUUUUAUAUUUCGCCGAGCGCGGUACCUGGGACGAUAUUCUUGGAACGUUUAUAAAUACAGACGGCGACCCAUCACAAUUUGCAGUGCUCAAUCCCGGCGGCUGCCUGGUAUGUUCGCAUACUAUUUCUCAUUCCAAUUACCUAGAAAUCUCUCGCAGGUUUGUUCUAGUCACCAUAACAACUGUGGGCUACGGAGAAAUCACCCCGCGUUCAUUUCUCGGCCGUCUGAUCACAAUUCCUCUGCUCAUCUUCGGACUGCUGCUCAUCGCCCUACCAAGUUUUGUGCUGGGGAGAGAGUUCAGCAUGGUUUGGGAGCGCAUGGCUCGUGAAUCUCCAGGAUCCCAGCCCGAGUCGCCGCUCAUCUCGUCCCGUCGUCUGAGCCCAUCAGAUGACUUGUCGAAUCGGAAACUGGCGCACAACCAAUUGGAACUAAGCCAGCAGAUAACUGAAUUGAAAUCCAUGGUCGAAGCCCAGGGAAGGUUACUCAAUCGACUGUCUUCCGCAUUAGAGGGUAAAGGCAAGGAAAGAGCACAACCGUAA